UAAAGCAGUUGGUAUUGCUUGCCCCUUGCCGUCCUUGUCUCGAUCAUCAUAUAAAUUUUACCUCACGCUUGUACGGAGCGCAUGGCAACAUGAGCUGAACGCCCUCAGCAUCAGAGUUCCCUUUAGGGAUUUUUUAUAGGAAAUUGUAAGGAUUAAGAACCUUCAAAAAGCACAUAGGAUACAAGAUGUAUCUGCAUAAGCUCGGGUGGUAUCUUCGAAAUGCAGUUUCUUUUUCGUCUUUUUUUUUCAUUAAUGUAAAGUCCUUUUAUUUUGUGUGUGCUUGCCACGAUUACCGGUGCGUCCACGUUCACAAGACCACGUUCGCAAGCUCUUAUUGCGCAUGCGCCAUUUUCACAGCCAACGUCGGAAGCGCCGCCCGUCUGGAGGCCACAGAAGAGUACGAGGGCGUGGUCCUUACCGAAAAUGAGCCGCACAUCAUCGGACGCGCCGUAAACGAGUCCGAGGGGCACGACCACGGGACGGGGGUGCUAUUGAAGCCGCCAGGUUCAAGGACGAACCCCACCGGGCGCAAGACCGGUCACUCGCCCCAGCUGCUACCCAGCCGGUCACUGUUGUGCGUGCUCGGUGGUCGGACCCAGGAGUACGGCCCGAUGUGGCUCGACGGCCUGUGUGACGUGGCCCUGGUGCCCUUCUACGCGCUGCUUAAGGGCGGCGACACCUUCCUCAACGACGGUGACAAGGCCACGCAGCAGGUUCUCGACAAGGCCGCCAAAGCGGUCAAGACCACCUACGGCAUCCACGUCCCUCUCAAGUACGCGUGCUUUGCCACAUUGUCACGGAGCCGUUCGGAACGGACGUCCUUGCGCGCGAAAGUAAUGAAGAUCGGGCAAGGCCGUUGGCUGGAGCUGUUAGCGUAUCACUUUGCGUGCCUGCCCAUGCGCGUCUAG